CAUACAGAGCAUACAGAGCCAGAUGGAGCAGGCGGACCAUGGCGACCUGGCAGCGCUCCUGCCGGAGGACGUGCUCGCCGACGUGCUCCGUCGCGUGGCGGAGCCGCGCUGGCUCGCCAUAUCGCGCUGCGUCUGCAAGGCGUGGCGAGCCAUCAUCGACGGCGAGGGCCUCCUGCGCACAGACCUCCCGUUUAGCGGGUUCUUCAUCACCUUCGCGGAGCUCUGUUUGCCCGAGUUCUUCGCCCGCCCCUUGUCGCGCCUGGGUCGGCGAGCAAUCAGUGGCAAGCUCGAUUUCCUACCCACACCCAUUAAAGUGAGCUCCGGUGGGUGGAGGCCGUACAGCUUGGACGGCGACUACUACAUCCAGGAUCACUGCAAUGGACUCCUCUUGCUCGACGAUUACGUGGUUAACCCGGCCACCCGAUGCUGGAACGCUCUGCCCUCGUGCCCGCACAAUCAUACUACGGACGGGGGAAUAGUCCGUGGUAUUUUAUUACAUGAUUGUUAUCUGGCAUUUGAUCCCAAGGUGUCAUCCCACUACCAGGUGUUUGAGGUCCCUUAUUUGUGUCGGGGUAAAGAUGAGACUGAUCCUUUAGAGGAGACAUCCGAAUGGCCUCCAUCUUCAUAUAUCUUGCAUGUAUUCUCUUCAAGGAGAGGCUGUUGGGAGGAGAGGCUGUUUGUUCGACAAGGGGAUGCUGCAGGAACAGUUGCAAAGGCGCGUGUGUUCUUUGAGGGCCAACAAAACUCGGUCUAUUGGCGUGGAUACCUUUACGUGCAUUGUCAAGGUGAUUUUAUUAUGAGGAUAUCUUUGUCUGAAGAUAAGUACAGUGCGAUUAAGGCACCAAUGGGUGUUGGAGAUACCAAUUAUAUAGGAUUAUCGGAGAAAGGAGUAUACUUUGCGUCAUUUGUUAAGAAUCACAUUCGGGUUUGCAUCCUGAAUGAAUCAUCUAAUCAGUUAGAGUGGAUAUUAAAGCACGACUACGACCUUAAGCCCAUCCAAAUGUUUGAUGGCCAAGUUCAUGGACCCUGGAUCUUAGAAGACAUUAACUAUGGAAUCUUUCGUUCUCAUCUUCCAAAUAUCAACAAGGAAGAAGUAAUCCAGGAGAAAUUUGAAUGGAACUCCGACGAUGAUGAUUUCCCUGAGAAUGAAGACAAGGUUGAAGUGCACCGUCGCCGUCCAUAUUUUGAAAUCGAGAUACUUGGAUUUCACCCAUACAAAGAGAUUCUCUUUUUGAGUAGGUCAGAGACCUUCAAACUAAAAGCAAUGGCGUUCGCCUAUCAUUUGAAUAGCUUCAAGAUUGAAAGUUUAGGAAGCAUAUACCCAAGUUGUCACAAAUAUUUCGACUCUGGCCUUGCUAAUGAAGCUCGGGAGAUCGAAUCUUUUCCAUACACACCAUGUUGUUGGAUCCAAGAGAUCCCAGGAAGAGUAAAUUAAUCUAGAUGCUCCUUCCCCAACAUGUUAGUAUAUAUAUUUUUUUAUUUAUUCGGAUCGUUUUUGGUUCUGACACCGGAGCUAUAAAUCAUUCUUUAAUUAUUA